CCUGGCUCUCCGGCACUACAGCUCUGCCUGCGCCUCUGGAUCAGCUUAGCUCAACUCAGCUCAGUUCAGUUCAUCUCGACUCAGCUCAGUUCAUCUCAGCUCACGGAGACAUGCACGCCACGCUGCUGGGCGUCCUGGGGCUGGCCCUGCUUGGAGCACUGCACGCUCAGGACAGCAUUCCUGUGCAAACCGACUUUCAGCAGGACAAGCUCACGGGGAGAUGGUACUGCGUCGGCCUGGCCUCCAACUCCCACUGGUUCAAGGAGAAGAAGCAACUGAUGAAGAUGUGCACCACGACCAUCUCUGCCACCGAGGAUGGGAACCUGGAAGUGAUCUCCACAUACCCCAAGGGUGACCACUGCGAGAAGAGGAACAGCCUUUACACCAAGACGGAGCAGCCGGGGCGGUACAGCUACACCAGCCCUCGCUGGGGCAGCAAACACGAUAUCCGCGUGGUGGAGACCAACUACGAUGAGUACGCACUGGUGGCUACCCAGAUCUCCAAGAGCACCGGCUCCUCCACCAUGGUGCUGCUCUACAGCCGGACAAAGGACGUCAGUCCCGAGCGCCUGGAGAGGUUCAGGCAGUUCUCCAUGAAGCAGGGCCUGGCAGAUGAGGAGAUCCUCGUCCUGCCCCACACGGACAAAUGCAUGGCAGAUGCUGCCUAGGCAGACCCCUGCGAGCCAGCAGAUGCCCUGUCCCGUCCCAGUGCACCCCAGCACCGCAGCAGCCCUCACUCCCUGGCUUCACUCUCCACACCUGCACCCUCGUUCCCAUUAAAGCCAGUGUAAAACCAG